AUGGCUGGAAAAGCAAUUGUUGGCCUUAUUGUCGGUUCCUUCCGAACACACGGAAAUACCGAAGGAAUAGCAUCAUGGGUUCAGUACUAUGUUAAAAGUUUAUAUCCUGAUAUCACACUCAAGGUCUACACACCAGUGUCCCCAAUUAAUUUGAUGAGCGAACCCAUUGAUCCUGUCGUUCCGAUGAAAAUUAGCUCACCGGAACAAUAUGUUAACCCGAUAGUUCGAUCAUGGGCCAAAGCGGUACAGGAAUGUAACGCUUACGUGAUCCUUACUCCAGAAUAUAAUCACUCAUAUAGCGGUCACUUAAAGGUGAUGUUCGACCAUAUAUACAACGAAUUCCGUGGAAAGCCGGGAACCUUAUUAACUUUUUCUGGUCAUGGCGCAGAAAAAUCGUACGAGGAGUUGACGAAUCUCACACUUAAAUUUGGUGUCAAAAUUACUGGUGGAAUGCAUUUUAGUAUUCCAAUGGAAUAUGUCGUUUCAAACAAGAGGAUUGUCCCAAAUUUUGAUCCGAACUCUUCGCAAGAUUCUUUUCUCAAAAAAUUGACACCAAGCCUUGUCUCGGAGCUUGAAAAGACUCUCGAUUCUCUCUGA